GACAGCAGAGCUCUGGUGGCAGCCCUCAGAAUGUGAAACACCAGCUUUUGAAAGUGGUGCAGCGUGUCUUCCAGUAUCGUGUGCUGCUCACAGAUUACUUGAAUAAUCUUUGCCCUGAUUCUACAGAGUAUGAAGCCACACAAGCUGCCUUAUUCAUUGUUUCUGAAAUCACGGACCGAGCCAACGACAGCAUGCUCCAAGCGGAAAACUUGCAGAAGCUGGUACACAUUGAGCACAGUGUGAGAGGGCAGAGCGGCCUCCUCCAGCCAGGAAGGAUCUUUGUUAAAGAGGGAACGCUCAUGAAAGUCUCUGGCAAAAACAGGCACCCUCGGCAUUUGUUCUUGAUGAAUGAUGUUCUGCUGUACACAUAUCCCCAGAAGGAUGGCAAAUACCGACUGAAAAACACCUUAGCUGUGUCAGGCAUGAAGGUCAGCCGCCCAGUGACAGACAAAGCCCAAAACAUCCUGAAGAUUGAAUAUGAUGAAUAUUGCCUGACCCUAUCAGCAAGCUCUUGUUCGGAAAGGGAUGACUGGUACAGCUGCAUCAGCAGACACAUCCCAGAUGACUACAAAGCUCACAACACUUCCACUUUCCACAGCAGCGUGGAGCUAAGGGAAAGGCUUGGAAUACCCCUGGGUGAGAGGCCUCCUACUUUGGUACCUGUGUCCCAUGUCAUGAUGUGCAUGAACUGCGGCUGUGACUUUACCCUCACUUUGAGGAGACAUCAUUGCCAUGCCUGUGGGAAGAUUGUAUGUCGAAACUGUUCAAGAAACAAGUACCCUAUGAAGUACCUCAAAGAUCAAGCAGCUAAAGUCUGUGAUAGCUGCUAUGUGGAACUUAAGAAAAGAGGUAAGAUUCCUCCAUUCUUGCUUGCAGAGCGGCCACUAAGUUUGAGCUUCCCUCCAACUUCAUCCAGGUGUUCAAGCAGUGCCUUCUCCUCUGUCUUCCACAAUAUUCAUUAUUCAUCUUUUAAGAAACAGAAGAAGAUCCCUUCAGCUCUUAUGGAGGUGGCGGCCUCAGGAGAGGGAGCUACCAUCAGUGGUUACCUCAGCAGAUGUAAGAGAGGCAAAAGACACUGGAAGAAACGCUGGUUCGUUAUCAAAGGCAAAGUCCUCUACACCUACAUAGCAAACGAGGACAAAGUUGCCACAGAAAGUUUGCCCUUGUUGGGUUUCACCAUUGCCCCAGAAAAGGAGGAAGGAAGUACGGAUACAGUUUUCCACCUCUACCACAAGCAGACUCUCUUUUAUAGCUUCCGAGCAGAGGAUAACAAUUCAGCACAGAGGUGGAUUGAAGCCAUGGAAGAAGCAUCCGUAUUAUAG